GUUUUUUACAGAUUUUUUACAGAUUUACAUAUAUAUUUGUAUAUUUAUGUAUAUAUAUUCUGCAUAAUAAUAACAUUUCAACUAUUUGAUUUUAAUAAUUUAUAAUAUAACGUUUAUAUAAUCAUGUCCAACACUAAUGGAGAAUCUGAAGAUGAACAGUCAUUCAUUAAAGAGAAUAAAAGACCCAUUAUGACAAAAUAUGCAACGACAUUGAAUAAUGAGAAAAAAUAUCCAACCGUUCUUAAUAAUGGAUUUGAUAAAAAUCUAGUUAUCGAAAAGGCACUGUUUGAUUCCAAUACUACUAUGAGUACUUCGGGAUCUACUGUGACCAAUAAUAACAUUCCUCAUCUUCUUGCUCAUACUACACAUUCUACACCACUGCCCGUCAGUAGUGAAAGGGAAAGAAAGUCGACAGUCGAUUCACAGGAUGUUGUCACUCAUACGUUAACGACACAUACUAAAGUUCCACCAUCCUUAACGACCUCCACCACAUCACCUAUUGUUCCUACUCUACAGUCAGUGAGUGGCCCAUCCACUCCAACUACUGCUACAGCAGUGAAUAAUACCUCUAGUCAAAGUACACCACUUGGAAUGAAAACAAAGUCAAAGAAUGAGGAUCGUCGUACGAUUAAAAGGAAAAAAUUAUCACCUAUGAGUAGUACAGCUACCCCUUCAGAAGUCUUUCAUAGAAAUUUAGUAGAUGCAGUCUCUAAUGUAGAAGAUUCUGAUGAAAAUGAACAAUAUGUUUAUCCUUAUAGUGGCAAUAAUACAGAUACAACAGCAGCUACAUACCAUAUAAAUUCAAAAGAUACCCUUCAUCGUACUACUUCAUCUACAUUAUAUCGACCUCAAUCUACACGCUCAUUUGCAAAUAUGAGCCAAUACUCGUCACAUGAUCCAUCUACAAGAAGAUUAUCCACCUCUGCUGGAUUUUUAGGCGAUUUCUUUCGUCCACUUUUAUUUAAGAGUAAAUCAGAAUCAAGAGCAACAGCAGCAGCAGCAACAACAAGUUCAUUAUACAAUAAACAAGUUCAAAAUGAAGAUCAUUUAUUAGCAAGACCUAAACUUCGUAGCUAUAUCAUGGAUCAUCCUUUUCAUAGUCAAACAAAGUCAUUACACUAUCAUCAUGAAUGGCUUGAUGGAAAUAAAUACAGUCCACCUUUAUAUCAUAAACAACGUCCACAUCAUCAUAAAAUGUAUUGCAAUUAUGGUUCAGUUGUAGAUGGUGGUUAUACAACAGAUGAUGAAGAAGCUCAACAUUUACUAGUUCCUCCACCUCCACCAACACCAACAUCACCAGCACCACCACCAUUACCUCUUUAUAACAACAGUCGAAGAUUUCAACAUAUAAAUAAACGUAGUAAUAGUAGUAGUCAUAGUAGUCAUAGGAAAAAGAAAAGCACAUGUUCAGGACUAUUAUGUAAUCUGUUAAGGAUCCUUUCAAUUAUGAUAUUGAUUUUACUAUUAUGUCUUUCUUAUUUUGCAAAACCACUUUAUGAUAUUCAUGUUGAAAUGGGACGUGUUUUAUCUUCUGAUAAAGAACUUAUAUUUGAUUUACAUGUGAAUGCGAUGAAUGAUAAUAUAUGGACAGUUUAUAUAGCAGAUGCAGAUAUUAGUGUCUUUGCCUUCAGUCAAGUUGUACCUUUAUCAUCUAGUAGAUUCAAUGACAAUAGAAUUGGAGUUGCAGAUCCAGCAGAAUAUUUAGGAAGUUUUUAUCAUUUUGAUGAACCUUUAUCAUUUCCCUCCACUUUCUUCUUUUCUAAAAGGCCACCAGAGGACGCCAUCAGUCAAAUUCGUAUUAAAUCGCCUGGAGCAGAUAAAAGCGGGAAUGAACGAUGGUCACGUAUGAUUCGUUAUCCUUAUGGACUCGUUGUGAGAGGUGUUUUAAGAUAUAAACUAUUUGGAUUUUUAAGCCCAUAUCCUCAGUCAACUACUAUUUGUGAUGUUGUACGAGUAAAUCCUGCUACUGGGAAAGUGACUGAAGACCCUGAUCAAGGAGGCUAUUGCUUAUCCUAUGGAGAAAAUGCUACUACUACUGCGACUGUAUAUAAAUAAAGCACCCAUUAUUUAUUUAUUUAUUUAUUAAUUUAAAAAAGCCAUCUCCAACAGUAUAAAUUUGACCUUCACUUGAUAAA